UAGUUAUUAAACCAGGCAAGAAAUGUAUGAACAAAUUCUUAUUUACAAUGAUGGCCUACUCCGGCCAAACCCGGACAACGCUGGGCCAAUUGUGCGCCACCCUAUGGAACUCCCAAUCACAGCUGGAUGUGAUUCAGCCUGGAUUCAAACCAGGGACUGUAGUGACGCCUCUUGCACUAAGAUGCAGUGCCUUAGACCGCUGCGCCACUCGGGAGCCCAAUAAGACAUACCAGACAGAUAACAGGACAGGGCACAUCAGAUUAUUUGUCUAUUCCUGUUUUAAAUGGAAAUACACUGAAAUGUAUAUCCAUAUGUUGUUGUGUUUGUAGUGGUGGCUGUCUGGGAAUUAUUAUGAGCCAGAGGCGGCGGGGUGGUCACCCAAAGGACGAUUCCAUACCGACAGUCAAGACCAUGUGACUUCCUGCUACAAUUCCGCAAUUUUUGCAUACAGUCUUUGUGGUCGUAGGGCAUGCAACUAUACCAUCAGGUUUUAAAGUAUAAUAACUUCUUAGUUACAAGAGAGCUUUUUUCACUGUUGUUGUCAACAGCUGGUACUGUACAUACAGAUAUCAAUAGCAUUGUCAUUAUUACUCAAAGACUUUCAGUAAGUUAAUGAGAAAAUUUGUAAAUAUUAAGACAUUAACAAACUUUCUGAGGAACUGUAGGAACACUAUGAGAGUCUCUCUGAAUCAUGUGAUCAUACUGAAACAAGGAAGCAAUGGCUCCUCUCCUCAGAGUGACUCAGAAAUUAUGGUGACAUCCAUUUCAUUGGAACCUCUGAGGCUUGUGGUCAGACCUGAUCUCUGUGCAGACAGCUCUCCUGUUCUCAUGAGUCAAAUAGUUACACACUAAAUGUACAGUACCAGUCAAAAGUUUGGACACACCGAUUCGUUCAAGGGUUUUUAUUUUUACUAUUUUCUACAUUGUAAAAUUAUAGUGAAUACAUCAAAUCUAUGAAAUUACACAUAUGGAAUCAUGUUAAACAAAUCAAAUAUAUUUUAGAUUUGAGAUUCUUCAAAGUAACCAGCCUUGAUGACAGCUUUGCACACGCUUGGCAUUCUCUCAACCAGCUUCAAAAGGUAGUCACCUGGAAUGCAUUUCCAUUAAUGGGUGUGCAUUGUUAAAAGUUCAUUUGGGGAAUUUAUUUCCUUCUUAAUGUGUUUGAGCCAAUCAGUUGUGUUGUGACAAGGUAGGGGUGGUUUACAGAAGAUAGCCCUAUUUGGUAAAAGACCAAGUCCAUAUUAUGGUAAGAACAGCUCAAAUAAGCAAAGAGAAAUGACAGUCCAUCAUUACUUUAAGACAUGAAGGUCAGUCAAUCCGGAACAUUUAAAGAACUUUGAAAGUUUCUUCAAGUGCAGUCGCAAAAAUCAAAUCAAAUCAAAUCAAAUCAAAUUUUAUUUGUCAGGUCGCUCCUACCAGGUGGCGUGGCGAGAAUCUGUCUCCUCACCACGCGCUCUCACCACUGGUGUCCCCCAGGGCUCUGUUCUAGGCCCUCUCCUAUUCUCGCUAUACACCAAGUCACUUGGCUCUGUCAUAACCUCACAUGGUCUCUCCUAUCAUUGCUAUGCAGACGACACACAAUUAAUCUUCUCCUUUCCCCCUUCUGAUGACCAGGUGGCGAAUCGCAUCUCUGCAUGUCUGGCAGACAUAUCAGUGUGGAUGACGGAUCACCACCUCAAGCUGAACCUCGGCAAGACGGAGCUGCUCUUCCUCCCGGGGAAGGACUGCCCGUUCCAUGAUCUCGCCAUCACGGUUGACAACUCCAUUGUGUCCUCCUCCCAGAGCGCUAAGAACCUUGGCGUGAUCCUGGACAACACCCUGUCGUUCUCAACUAACAUCAAGGCGGUGGCCCGUUCCUGUAGGUUCAUGCUCUACAACAUCCGCAGAGUACGACCCUGCCUCACACAGGAAGCGGCGCAGAUCCUAAUCCAGGCACUUGUCAUCUCCCGUCUGGAUUACUGCAACUCGCUGUUGGCUGGGCUCCCUGCCUGUGCCAUUAAACCCCUACAACUCAUCCAGAACGCCGCAGCCCGUCUGGUGUUCAACCUUCCCAAGUUCUCUCACGUCACCCCGCUCCUCCGCUCUCUCCACUGGCUUCCAGUUGAAGCUUGCAUCCGCUACAAGACCAUGGUGCUUGCCUAUGGAGCUGUGAGAGGAACGGCACCUCAGUACCUCCAGGCUCUGAUCAGGCCCUACACCCAAACAAGGGCACUGCGUUCAUCCACCUCUGGCCUGCUCGCCUCCCUACCACUGAGGAAGUACAGUUCCCGCUCAGCCCAGUCAAAACUGUUCGCUGCUCUGGCCCCCCAAUGGUGGAACAAACUCCCUCACGACGCCAGGACAGCGGAGUCAAUCACCACCUUCCGGAGACACCUGAAACCCCACCUCUUUAAGGAAUACCUAGGAUAGGAUAAAGUAAUCCUUCUCACCCCCCCCCCUUAAAAGAUUUAGAUGCACUAUUGUAAAGUGGCUGUUCCACUGGAUGUCAUAAGGUGAAUGCACCAAUUUGUAAGUCGCUCUGGAUAAGAGCGUCUGCUAAAUGACUUAAAUGUAAAAUGUAAAUGUCACAUACACAGGGUUAGCAGAUGUUAAUGCGAGUGUAGCGAAAUGCUUGUGCUUCUAGUUCCGACAAUGCAGUAAUAACCAACAAGUAAUCUAACUAACAAUUCCAAAACUACUGUCUUAUACACAGUGUAAGGGGAUAAAGAAUAUGUACAUAAGGAUAUAUAAAUGAGUGAUGGUACAGAGCAGCAUAGGCAAGAUACAGUAGAUGGUAUCGAGUACAGUAUAUACAUAUGAGAUGAGUAUGUAAACAAAGUGGCAUAGUUAAAGUGGCUAGUGAUACAUGUAUUACAUAAGGAUGCAGUCGAUGAUAUAGAGUACAGUAUAUACGUAUGCAUAUGAGAUGAAUAAUGUAGGGUAAGUAACAUGAUAUAAGGUAGCAUUGUUUAAAGUGGCUAGUGAUAUAUUUACAUCAUUUCCCAUCAAUUCCCAUUAUUAAAGUGGCUGGAGUUGAGUCAGUGUCACUAAAACCAUCAAGCGCUAUGAUGAAACUAGCUCUCAUGAGGACCCCCACAGGAAAGGAAGACCCAGAGUUACCUCUUCUGCAGAGGAUAAGUUCAUUAGAGUUACCAACCUCAGAAAUUCCAGCCCAAAUAAAUGCUUCACAGAGUUCAAGUAACAGACACAUCUCAACAUCAACUGUUCAGAGGAGACUGUGUGAAUCAGGCCUUCAUUGUCAAAUUGCUGCAAAGAAAUCACUACUAAGAGCCACCAAUAAUAAGAAGAGACUUGCUUGGGCCAAGAAACACGAGCAAUGGAUAUUAGACUGGUGGAAAUCUGUCCUUUGGUCUGAUGAAUCAACAUUUUAGAUUUUUGGUUCCAACUACCAUGUCUUUGUGAGACGCAGAGUAGUUGAAUGGAUGAUCUCUGCAUGUGUGGUUCCCACCUUGAAGCAUGGAGGAGGAGGUGUGAUGGUGUGGGGGUGCUUUGUUGGUGACACUGUCAGUGAUUUAUUUAGAAUUCAAGGCACACUUAACCAGCAUGGCUACCACAGCAUUCUGCAGCAAUACUCCAUCACAUCUGGUUUGCACUUAGUGGGACUAUCAUUUGUUUUUUUUAACAGGACAAUGACCCAACACACUUCCAGGCUGUAUAAGAACUAUUUGGAGUUCUGCAUCAGAUGACCUGGCCUCCACAAUCACCCGACCUCAACACAAUUGAGAUGGUUUGGGAUGAGUUGGACAGCAGAGUGAAGGAAAAGCAGCCAACAAAUGUUCAGCAUAUGUGCGAACUCCUUCAAGACGGUUGGAAAAGCAUUCCAGGUGAAGCUGGUUAAGAGAAUGCCAUGUGCAUAGCCAUCAUCAAGACAAAAGGUGGCUACUUUGAAGAAUCUAAAAUAUAAUUUGAUUUGUUAUUUUUUUGUUACUACAUGAUUCUAUAUGUGUUAUUUCAUAGUUUUGAUGUCUUCACUAUUAUUAUACAAAGUAGAAAAUAGUAAAAAUAAUAAAAAACCCUUGAAUGAGUAGUUGUGUCCAAACUUUUGAACUGGUACUGUAUGUACAGGAAACAACCUUGAAUGCUGAUAUUAAAUGUUAGUGUUUUGAACAUGUAACGAUGCAUUACAGCAUCCCUGCAUUACAGUAACGCAACAUUUUUUAAAACACAAGACAACACUAACUAAUACAUUAAUUGCACUCUAAUGGGGACAAACGGUGCCCACAAAAUGUUGGGGCCUACAUGAAGCUGUCCCAACAGCAGAGCUUUCUUCUCAUCACCAUGGAGUGAAUCCUUACCAGAGGCUGCGAUACGAUUAAUUCAGCCUCAUUUACUGCCUUUAAAAAAAACAGCUGAUAUGGCUGACUUGCUUAAACAAAUGUGGUUUCUACUGACAAUUGAGAUGUACAAACUAUGGCAUAAGGGAACGAUGAGCGGAUAAGAGGCAAUCCGUCAUUUCGAUUAAGACAUUAAUGAGCGAGCUAAGAUGGACGUAGUCAAUAUAACUCUUUGCUUAGCACUUUUGAAAUGUACAGAGACAGAAUUCAGAACAUUGGCCGUUCUUACAGUAUUCUCCCUGUACACCAAGUUAGAACCGAAGGAUAAAUAAAGGGGCAUAUGAGUAGACAAUGAAAGCUCUUACAAUAUUCAGUGAUGACAUUUCUUAAAAACAGCCUAUAGGUGCACCACCAAGUCAGAACAGGUGGCUAAGUUAUGAGGGGAAAGGGACCAAAUUAUUAGGGUGAGGUACAUGGUCUACUAAUAGCUUACUACAAAACAUAUACGUUGUAUUACUUUCUUAGCUACAGUAUACAGUGGCGAUUUUAGCAUGUAAAUCUUGGUGGGGCAAAAAAUAAAUAAUUGUGGGCUGCAUGCCAGCAAAGCCACUCCACAACACAACACUAAACAAUAUAUUAUUUUCACGACAACGGUGACAAACCGUGCCAACAAACUGGCCUACAUAAAGCUGUCCCGGCAGCAGAGUCCCAACAGCAGUCCCAACACCUUACCAUUGCUACAUCAGCUGAGCCUUGUCUGGCAGAGAAACAGUUCAUUCAGCCCAAUUUACUGCCUUUUAAAAACCAUAGCUAAUAUGGCUAACUUGCUUAAACAAAUGUGGUUUCUUCUGACAAUUGAGAUGUACAAACUAUGGCAUAAGAGGCAAUCCAUAAUUUUGAUUAAGACAUUAAUGAGCAAGCGAGGACAGAUGUAGUCUCCUGACCCCUCCUGUCUCAGCCUCCAGUAUUUAUGCUGCAGUAGUUUAUGUGUCGGGGGGCUAGGGUCAGUUUGUUAUAUCUGGAGUACUUCUCCUGUCCUAUUCGGUGUCCUGUGUGAAUUUAAGUGUGCUCUCUCUAAUUCUCUCUUUCUCUCUUUCUUUCUCUCUCUCGGAGGACCUGAGCCCUAGGACCAUGCCUCAGGACUGACUACCUGACAUGAUGACUCCUUGCUGUCCCCAGUCCACCUGGCCGUGCUGCUGCUCCAGUUUCAACUGUUCAGCCUUAUUAUUAUUGGACCAUGCUGACAGAAACUAAAACAACAAGAAGCUCCCACGCUGAGGUCUGUCCAACGCUGGUCCGACCAAUCUGAUUCCACACUCCAAGACUGUUUCCAUCACGUGGACUGGGAUAUGUUUCGUAUUGCGUCAGA